GAUAAAGAAAAUCAGUUUAAUAACGCGGUCUCGUUGCCGAAGCGACCGCCCUCCUUUUCAAAAAACAAAAGAAGAAACCCUACCCCCCUCUUCUUAUCUCCACAAUCUCCUGGCAACUGAAAAAUAACACACGAGGAACUUGCGCUGCUACUCAAAACGAGAAUGGAUCGGUACCAGAGGGUAGAGAAGCCAAGAAACGAAACGCCGAUCAAUGAGAAUGAGAUUCGCAUUACUACUCAAGGCAGAAUGAGGAACUACAUUACUUAUGCCACUACGCUCUUUCAGGAGAAAGGAUCUGAUGAAAUCUCUCUCAAGGCCAUGGGCAGAGCCAUAAACAAGACUGUGAUGAUUGCUGAAUUGAUUAAGAGAAGGAUUGCUGGUCUUCAUCAGAACACAUCUAUUGGUUCUACUGAUAUAACUGACAUGUGGGAGCCACUAGAGGAGGGUCUUCUCCCCCUGGAAACCACUCGUCAUGUAUCAGUGAUAACAGUUACUCUAUCCAAGAAGGAACUGGAUACAUCCUCCACAGGCUAUCAAUCACCUAUUCCAGCUGAUCAAGUGAAACCUUUGGCUGAAUAUGAUUAUGAAGGAGAGGGUGGCUCUCCUCGGAGGCAGGGAAGAGGGCGUGGUGGUCGAGGGAUUGCUAGAGGUAGAGGAAAUAAUAGCAAUGGAGUGGUGGAGCACAAUGGAGAUGGUGACAGGGUUGGUGGGCGUGGAUAUGGUGGCAGGGAUGGUGGGCGUGGAUAUGGUGGCGGGGAUGGUGGACGUGGAUAUGGUGGCAGAGAUGGUGGGCCUGGAUAUGGUGGCAGGGAUGGUGGGUAUGGAUAUGGUGGCAGGGAUGGUGGGUAUGGAUAUGGUGGCAGGGGCAGAGGUCGUGGAAGAGGACGGGGUUAUCGUGGCCGUGGAAGAGGUUAUAGUGGUGGAUAUAUGCAACAACAGUCGGGUGGUUAUAAUGACUAUGGUGGUGGAGCAUUUGUUGGCCAAGGCAGUGGGCGAGGACGAGGCAGGGGCAGGGGUCGUGGGCGUGGCCGGGGUUUCAGAUUGGACGGUCCAGCCCAGCCAGCUGAGUGAGCCCUAGACUCAGUUGUAGAAUUUGGUUAGAAAUGGAUGCCUGCUCUGUUGAUUUUGCCUUAUCCUAAGUGAAACAAAAAUUAAACAGUGGAUUUUACUAAUUAAUUUCCAGGCAUAUUAGUUAUAGUAAGCUCCUGCACGUUGUGUGUGGUGGCCUUGUUUUUGUAGUUUGAAGGUAGAUUAUUCUUGUUUACUGCUGACAAAAACUUGAAAAGUUGUAUACUUUAUUCUCGUGUUGGGAAUAAUAGAGCAGAACAUUCUUCCAGUUCUAUUUCAGCGUUUGUGUUUUCAUAA